AGAAAAAAGCAGACCUUUCCCCUUAUGGUUGAGGUGUGUUAAACCAGAAAUCCCUGGCAAUUAUUAAGCCCGUUCGUAAUUUGGACAGGGACACGUCAGACUGACAGACGCAACAACAGCAGUGUUCUCUUUGAAGCCUGCCAAGUGACAGGAUGGAAGACUAAACAACACACCGCACAAUGAACUCGGAGGGUUUCCCUGACGGUGUGAAUCGGGAGUCAGCUGUCCUCGAGGUCCACCUUCAGUAGAAACCCCUCCACUUUUCACAAGAUGUGUCAUUGAACCCAGUAAACGGAGCAAAACGAUGCCGCGCACAAAACAGAACAACCCGAAGAACCUUAAAGAUAAAAUUGAAGAAGCACAGAAAGAACUGAAAGAUCCUAAAGCCGGCGGACAGAAAGGGGUCACUGAGGGAGGUCGAAGAAGUGCAGAUAAUAUAAAGGGUCUAAAGCGGAAAAAGGUUGUGGCAGAAAACCAGCUGAAAAAAAUACCCAAAUCUCCUGUGAAGCAGCCCUCACAGUCCAAGACUUCCGUGGCAACACUCCAAGGCGCCUCGUCCAAAGAAGCUGCACCCUCCUGCUCAUACCCCGACAGCCCCUCUGGAAACCUUGCCUGUUCCCCCAGCCGAAAUCGAGAUACAGAGUAUGUCCAGCCUGUUGUUGAAUACAUUGAAGGUUCGUCUAUUGACAAUGAUGGGAUAAAGCCAAAGGAAGCGCCUUCCCAAAAGCCACAGUCUCCAAUCAGUGGUAAAGUGGAGUCUUCAUCUGUUGUUGGAGAGUCUCCGCAAGCCAAGGACAGUAAGACAAUCAAUCCAAGCUUUGAAGGUGACUCUCCUUUCCAGAUCAGUGCUCCCCUUGAAGUCUUGCUCAAGGCAAUGGAACCAGACUUUAGCUCCUUGGCAGAAAGAAAAAACUCCUAUCCAGUAACAGGUGUUACAAAACCAUGCCAAACUAUUAUGGCCCGUGGUGGUAGUGAUUUAAGUGCUAUGCCUGCUGUACAUUUUGGAUUGCAGUCUCAAACUUGUUUUGUGAAUAAACAAGAGAACUCAAACACAAUGCAGUCCUCCCUCCAGACUGCUUCUUUGCAGCAUGCUGCACAGCAGUUCAGCAGCCGGGGGGAAAAGCCUGGCCUGCAGAUGAACUUCAGGGCGGGACCCUCCGCCACCCUUACUCAUGCACCUGUUCCCCUACGUUCCAAUUCCUUGCCCCAGAGUCAGCCACCGGUGGUGCACACGUGCCAGUCGCUCUCCGCCAGUGUCCCAAGCACUAUUCAAGUACCUGUGACACCCGGAUACAACCCAGUCCAGAUGGCCACGGUCGUGAACUUUGGCCUUGAACCGAUGUGUAGCAUCUCAACAAAAGACCAGAAGCCUAAGAAGCAAGGGAAGUACGUUUGUGAAUACUGCAGCCGGGCAUGUGCAAAGCCCAGUGUGCUUCUGAAGCACAUCAGGUCUCACACAGGUGAACGACCCUACCCAUGUGUUACCUGUGGCUUCUCGUUUAAGACCAAGAGCAAUCUGUACAAGCAUAAGAAAUCACAUGCUCAUGCAAUAAAACUGGGGCUUGUGGCACGAUCUGACUCUGGAACGGGGUCCCUCUCAGUAGAGUCUGACAAAGCCCUUGGAACGCAUUCGGAUGUAGAGGAAAGUGGGGACAGCGACGAGGAAAGUAGCACUGCAGACCUGGAUCCUGACUCGUCGCAAAGCAGCGUUGCUGCGUUCUCUGAGAGCAGUUUGCAGAGUAUAGGCACAACACAAGGCAACCAUGGGGACGCAGGGGACCCAUCAGCUGUUUAUGAAAUGCUUAAACCGACGACCAGCCAAAGGGGCUAUGACUCCAAAGGGACAGCCAACCUUCCAAAAGUGGUUGUCUACCCAGUCAAUGUCUCCCCUCUGCGUGCAGACAGUCCAAGAGUUUCAGACUCCACCCCCGAGCAGGCUACUGCCCAGCGGCAAAGGGACUUCCAGACUGCACAUAUCAGAUCCAGCAUCACUGUCCUGUCAUCCUUAAAAGAGGUGGAUUGCACGAGUCCCCUGCAGGAUGCAGUAAGUGAGGACGAGGAUCAGCAGUGCAGGUCCCCACCAGGAGGCGGACAUGGUCAGCUUCAGAGGCAGCAGGCCACAGACUUUUCUCAGCAGCAACAGGGCAAGUGUCUGCUAAGUCCCCGCAGUUUGGGCAGCACCGACUCUGGGUAUUUCUCACGUUCUGAAAGUGCUGAUCAGGCCAUGAGUCCUCCUAGUCCUUUUGUCAAAAUAACCCCACCAACAGACAUGGAUGUCACCAAAAAUGUACUUCCAAAUCUUCCUGCAGGUGUUGCCACUGUCAUGCAUGUUGCUUCUGUGGAGAAAUCACAUGUUGUGCAGGGACAAAUGCGUCCACCAUUAGAAACAAAAGCACUCUCUCUCGAGGAGAGAAUCUCAAAAUUAAUAUCUGACAAUGAGGCAGUGGUUGAUGACAAACAGCUGGACAGUGUCAAACCAAGAAGGACUUCACUUUCCAGGAGAGGUAGCAUAGACUCCCCAAAAUCAUACAUAUUUAAAGACUCUUUUCAGUUUGACCUUAAACCUAUGGCAAGAAGGUCAAGUUCCAGCUCAGACAUACCCAAGUCCCCUUUCACACCGACAGAAAAAAAUAAGCCAGUAUUUCUUCUUUCUGUACCUAAUCAGUUUUCACCUAUGGACUGUUUACCAAUCACAAGAAGUAAUUCCAUGCCCACAACUCCGGGACACACAGGUUUCCCACCAACAAUUACCCAACAACCCCACCCACUAAGGAGUUGCCAGUCUUUUGAUGACAAAGUUGGUUCUUUAAAUGAUGAUGUGUUUUCAUCUGCCCCCUCUACCCCAAAUCCAGCAAUACAUUCUCGUACCCUUGUACGACAAGUAGCAGUGGAGGAUUUCUCCACAAGUGAAGGACUUACCUCAGUCCGUUCCAUGGAUGAAGGUUACCAGGGGUCUAGGGUUUCCACUGAAAUAAUCCAAAGGAGCAGGUCAUUUGAGCAUGCACAAGACCGAAACCGGAAGCCACAGCAGAGCAAAGGUACAAUGUAUGAGUGUGAAACCUGUCGUAACCGGUACAGAAAACUGGAAAACUUUGAAAAUCACAAGAAAUUCUAUUGCUCAGAGCUUCAUGGUCCAAAAAACCUUAAGCCAGUAUCUGCCAGAGAGACUGAGCAAGAUGUUUUUACUCUUGGCAUGGUACAUCCUUUUAUCCCCAGAAUAACUAGUAUUUCAGGCAUAAUGGACCAACAACAAUCCAUUCGAAAAAGACGAAAAAUGAAGAGUGUUGGUGAUGAUGAUGACCAAUCCCCAACUGACACCAACCCACCAUGCUCUGUCAGUUUUGAUUCUUGCCAACUAUCAACAGCCAAUUCAGGUCGGUCAUUUUCUCAGCAUUCUGGCGUGGUUGACCUACAGCCUAAAAGCAACCCACCACAAAUACCUCAAAUUCCGCUUGUAGCUAGAGGCACAGACGUAACAGAAUCAAGACUCUCACCAAUUAGAGAAACCCAUGUUAACACUUGCAGUAAAGAGAGAAGUGACCUACAGAGGCAAAGCAGCGGUACUUCAGUAAUCAAACACACUAACUCUCUAAGCAGGCCUAAUUCCUUUGAGACCUCUGAAUCUAUUGACAGAGCCUCUCCAAUUGAUUACAUGGACAAAGAUAGCCAUAGAACAGGAAAGUCUAAGGCAGAUGCCACAGCAAAUCUUUCACUAGAGCGCUACCAUGAAAAAAUGUCCAUACCUAAAUGUGCUGAACAGGGAAAACAAGGGAUGGAAAACUGUGUUGACCGCACAUUACCAACAGUUGCUGACAGCUGUGCUCCUGUCCAACAGUCUCGUCUGGUUCGCCAAAACAACAUUCCUGAAAUCCUGGUCACAGAGGAACCGGAUCGGGAGCAUGACAGUCAGAGCACUGAGCAAGUGGAAAAGCCUGCAGAUACAUUCAAUUGGCCCCAGAGGAGUGAAAGCCUGUCCAAGCUACCCACAGAAAAGCUUCCACCCAAGAAAAAGAGAAUUCGUCUGGCUCAGAUGGAGCAAUCCUCUGGAGAUUCCAGCUUUGAGUCCUCGUUAUCUCGCAGUCUCAGCAGGGACAGUAGUCUCUCAAGAUGUUCCAGCAUCUCAGCCUCCUUUGACAGGGACGAGCCAUCCAGGUCAGAAAGUCCCUCCAGAGGGGAAUGUGUCAACAAAAUUGCUGAGCCUCAAGGCCUACCAUUAGUCUUCAACACCCUGGGAGUCCCUGGCAUAAUGAGACGUGCUGCAUCAGAACAGAUCAGUUGCACUCAACCCUCAGUCGAGAUCUCGUGUGACUAUCGCAGCAAGUCAUUUGACUGUGGCGUGUCUUCAAUUAGGUCUAUGUCACCCAACAGGUCAAUGUCCCCAAUGGAUCUGCCAAAGAGUGCUCAAGUUUCUCCAUCUGUACAUGUACCUCUUAUUGAAAGACGAAGGGGACCCUUGGUUCGCCAAAUGUCUUUAAAGAUUGGGCCAGAGAGUCAGCAAAAUAUUGGGAAGCAUGCUAUGCCUCUCCAGAGGCUCCCGGCUGUAUUCUCAACAUCUCAGCAGAUUCAACAGAUUGCCAACAAGCCCCCAAAUGCCCAACCUUUUAUUCUGCAUUCUAGAGAAACUCUCCUUCAGAAAAAUGAAAAAAUGGUGCAGAGCAUUAACUUGGGAAGCCAAAGUCAACAGCCUCAAGUUCAUGGCCUUCCACAUCCUUGGCACCAAACAUCUAGGGUUCAGACAUGCCAAAAGCUACAGCAACCUCUGGUUAAUGUCAUGGUCAACCAGGAAGAGGCUGCUCAAAACAAGUCUGCUGACUCUCAAGACAAGAAAAGUUUUGUGCCCAAGUACCAAAUGCCAUGUUCAGUUGUGAGAUUAAGCCAAACAUACACUUUCUCUAGCACACAAGCUACUCAGACAAUUUUGCCAGUCCUAACAAUACCUAUUGCCAACCAGAUUCAAAGUGUUUCAAAGCCUUCUGAUUGUCUCCACAAUGUGUAUGUUGCACAACAGUGUCAACAAACUGUAGAGAAUAAGACGCAUCCAAUAGUAUUGCCUAUAGGCCUACAAAACCACCCACCUUCUCAAACCCAACCAGGUGCUCCUCGACUGCCGCAGAUCUUGAUAACCCAUGAGCAGAUGCACCCUUCCCACUCUGUAGCCAGUACAGACAGCCUCUCCAAUCUUCACGUUGUAGAUACUGACUCAAAGGCUUCUCCAGAUAUGAACAAGGACAGGCCUUCUGCAUCUGCUGGUCUUCAAGUGAAACAUUGUUUAGUUUCCAAUACCCAGAACCCUACUUGUGAAACUCAAAGGGCUUCCUCACUGGGAUCCUUACACUGUACCCAGAAAAUGGCAGCUGUAACUCUUUGCCCACAGCCGGAGCCAAUUGCCUCAAGUAAAAGAAUGCUCUCCCCUGCCAACAGCUUAGACAUCGCUAUGGAAAAACAUCAAAAACGGGCAAAGGAUGAGCAUGGUGCUGCAUGCCUCACUGAUGGUAGGUCAGUCAACUACCUAAAUUCCCAGAUGGCAGAGGUGACCAGGCAACGGAAGCUGAUGCUAGUUAGGCAGGUUUGCACCACUGAACCAGUGGACAGUCCUAUUGAAACGGAGGCACCACAAUUGGAACACGAUAAGCCUGAAGGUGGAAAAGACUCCCAGACUCCUGAAAACUGCAAAACUAAAACACCUGAACGCACAAGACAGGAUGAACAAUAUACUACAGUUCCUCAAGAACAGCCUAGCUCUGGAUUGAACACCAAUCAAGGAAGUCACGUGUCUUCUGUGUCGCCAAGCGCCACAUUAAAACCUCAAGACAAGACAGAGGAACAGAGAUUGGCCCCAACCAAGUCUCCUAUUAGACCCUUGACUUUCCACGGACAGGUGAAACUAGCAUCAUCUGUAUCUGUUGUCAAUACAAGAGACAGCCACCGCCUGUCUUUCCCUAGCCUAAAAACUGCUACUACAUUUACUUGGUGUUACCUGAUGAAGAGGAAGCCUCUCCAUGUUCCCCAGACAGACCAGAAGAUCUCUGCUUACUCCACCUGGGCAGUGAGCCUCAAAAACCCCAAUCCUCUAGGUCUGCCCACCAAGGUGGCAAUGUCUCUCUUUGACUCAAAGCAGAAGUCCAAAACAAUACACUACACCGAGGCCAUAACAACGAGUAUGAAAUCGGACAUCUUGGCCUAUUCAAGCAAGCUGAAAGAUGUAAUGCCUAAGGUCCUAAAGCCUCAGAAGUCUUUAACAACUGAAAAUAACAGCAAAGUGCAACCUGAGACUCAGACAAACAGCGAGUCAGACAAGGAUGUGCCUCCCUCAUCCAAACUAGAACCACGGAGAGUUAAAAUAUUUGAUGGCGGAUUCAAAUCUAAUGAGGACUAUGUGUAUGUGCGGGGACGUGGUCGUGGUAAAUACAUCUGUGAGGAGUGCGGUAUUCGCUGUAAGAAGCCCAGCAUGCUGCGCAAACACAUCCGCACCCACUCUGAUGUCCGGCCCUAUCACUGCACCCACUGCAACUUCUCCUUUAAGACUAAAGGAAAUCUGACCAAGCACAUGAAGUCCAAGGCCCACAGUAAAAAGUGUCUAGAGAUGGGGGUGUCAGUGGGUCUAGAGGACCAGGAUGCGGAGGACUCAGGAGAUCGUAGCCAGGUGGGCAGUGCUGACCAUCCGGAUUCAGAUGGAGAAGACUCAGAAGGCGCAGACGAUGACAACGAGGACGACAACGAUGAAGAGGAAGAGGACAGCCUGUCGGGCCUGUCAACCAACCCCUCGGUCUCGGCCAGCCCGCUGCACAUCCCAUCCUCCCUCCAGACGGAGCUCCCUCCCAGCUCCCUGCUGGCUCAGAUGUCCAUCCAUCACCACCACCAAGCAGCUCCACUGCCCCACCCUCAGGCCUCCGAAUCCCAAGCCCACCACGCUGCCGUGGACACUGAGUCGGUGCCUAUGCUCAGCCCCGUCUCCCUGGUCAAGCAGAUGUCCAUCUCGGGAAGCUGCACCAGCCCCGGCCCCAUGCCCUACUCCCCGCCCCCGCACGCCCUCACUUCUGACCACCACGCCUCUGACACAGAGUCUGUUCACAUGAUGAGCCCUGUCUCGCCUUGCAGGCAGAUGUCCAUCGACUACCCCGACUUUGACGUGCCAUCUAGUCCCCCCACACCAGGCAAGGGCUGCUCCAAGCUCGGCCAGGAUGGCUCUUUAACUCUUCACCCUAUGCCAGUAAGCGAGCCAUGUGUCCCUGUCGGGACAGACGUCAGCACGCAGACUGCCUCCUUGGCCCCCCAGACCUCCUCUUACGGCCCCUUGGACUUUCCCUCCCGGGGCCUGACCCAAGGACCAGGGUCCACUCAGGGUGGACACACACACCUUUUCAGCCACCUUCCUCUACACUCCCAGCAACCCUCACAAUCCCCCUACAGCAUGGUCCCCGUGGGGGGCAUCCAGCUUGUUCCCGCUGGCCUGGCAGCUUACUCCACCUUUGUGCCCAUCCAGGCUGGCCCUGUCCAGCUCACCAUCCCUGCUGUGAGCGUCAUCCACCGGAAUACCAGCCCCCUCCCGUUCCCCAGUUCCCCACAGCCUGAGGGCUCCAGCUCAUCCCCCACCACCCAGCCCCUGGUAGUUCAGGAGUCCAUCAGCAAUGUCAUGCCCUGCUUUCCCCUGAGACAGGUCACGGGGCUUCAGGCCGUUGGCGCCUCCCACCAGACCCUGCAGUCCAUAGGUCUGGAGACCCUUAAUGUCAUGGGUCUGGCUAGCUCUGGAGGCCUGUCCUCCACCCAGCUCCUGUCCCAACACGGGCUGACACUCAAUGCUACCCUGGGGCUGCAGGUCUUGGCUACGAGUCCCACCUCCCAGAGCAGCACAGGCCCUCACCACACACACAUCCCCGGCCUGCAGAUCCUCAACAUUGCCCUCAGCCCCGCACUCAUCCCCGCUCUCAGCCCUGUCGCUGGUCCCACUGAGAGGGAGGCCAGCCCUGAGGCACCAGGGGCCCUCCAGCAUGCCUCUCGGACCGAACCAGGCCCCUCGGUCAGCUGUCCGUCUGCUGCAUCCUCCCCUACCUCUACCACUACCACCGUUACGGGAAGUCCUGCGCAGGAAGUGACACCAUCAGGCCGCUUGGGGCCCAGGAGCUCCGUAGGAUCUGAUCAGACUGCAGAGGAGGAAGUGCGGGCUACAACAUCGCUACAACCAUCCCCGUCAGGGCCCCCUCCUGCUCCCGGUGUUGGUGUUGAGGGGGCUAAAAAUCCUCCAACAGGGGGAGCCAGUGAGCCUGUCAGAGGCGGUGCGCCUCAGAGGCAGUCCAUGGUUUCUCGGCAGAAAGGGACACAAGACUACAGUGAUGAGUCAGCGUCCAGUGAUGACGAAGGCAGACUGGUCAUCGCCACCUGAACCCCCCCCCCCCC